AUGUUGACGACCCAUGGACUCCCUUGUGCUUGCCGCAUAUUUACGGCGCUCCAAGGCGGAGUUGGGAUAUACAUUGAUCUUGUACAUCGAUUUUGGAGGACCUUGGAGAUUGGAGAAGGGGCUAACAUUCCAGAAAUCGUGGCGGACUCCGCCCAAGUUACUGAGCAGUUCCGAUCACUUGUCGAUGAUGUAUUGGCUCGAGAUAUUUCCGUUAUUCGAGACAUAUCAAGGAUCGUUCACGAUGAGUUACAUCCAGAGCAUGCGGGUUAUGAGGAACCAAUACCCAACUUAGUACGGAGAGGGAGACCACAAAGACAAAGAAACUCAACAAUAAGGAACUUGAGUUUCGUCGAACAUGUGCGUAACACGGGCCCUCGCACGAAUUGUGAUCAAGGUGCUACGUCUUCGGGAAACACACAAUCCAGAACUUCAUUAGGUACAAGAAGAUUCAUGAGCAUUGAUCUAAUUCCCCCUCGUUGGAAGGAAUCGAUACCUGACUUCAUGUUCCAGUAUAUUAGAGGAUACACUGAUGCUAUACCUGAUGGUAACUGCGGAUUCAGAUGUGCGGCAGAGUUCUUUUUGGGUGAUCAGGAACGCUAUGGCGAGAUUCGAUCAACGGUUGUAGGAGAGAUUAAAAAACUUCCACAACAAUACACCAGAGUCUAUCUUCCAGAAACUAUAUCUAACGCAUUGUAUCGAAUAGAUUGGAGAGGUGGACGUUGUGGAGAGGAACAUUGGAUGGUUAGUGAUCCAGACUUAUGGCCGAUUGCUACACACUUCAAUGCAGUUGUUGUCAUCUUCAGUAUCGGCGGUGAAUCCAGUUUAAUCCCUAACAUGACUAUUCUUCCGUUGGAAAACAGAUAUGCAGCAACUAGGCCAUCAAAGGAAAUUGUGAUGGCAUUUGUGAAUGGGAAUCACUACAUUAUUUUGGAUAUGACUCCGGAUUUUCCAUUACCAUCAAUACCACAUUACUGGAGAGGAUUGGCAGAUUAUGACGUUCGUGAUUGA